CACAUGUUUCACAACGUGCUUUACGCGGGGUGCUGGGUGUAUGUUUAUAAACGUUACAGUUUUACGCGUAUUUUAUUUUUCCGCGUGAAAGGAAAAAGUGAUUUGUGGUAAACAGGCGCACCAAUGACAAUUCAAGACAUGGACAUCUGUUUAAAUGUCACGGCGGGUCCAGCUGUCACAACGAGGAAGAACACAUUGAGAAGAACCGAGUCUUCCAAUACCUCAAUUAAAAGAUUGAAGAAUCAAUCUUUCCAUAAAGAUGCAGUACUGAGUAGCAAGGGAUCAAAGAGAAACGCGAAUACGCAAGAGCCAGGGCGUAAGGGAAGAAUUAAACAGAAGUCAUUAUCAGUUAUCUUUGCUAAGAAGUUAAAAGAAGCAAACGCUUUUACUCAAAACAUUCAGCAACCUCCAGUUCCAUCUCAAGGUAAAGGCGCAACAGCGAAGAUUGCAAAGUCAGAAAAAAUUGAACAAUCUGAUGCAGCAAACAAGAAGCAUGUGAAAUUUGAUAAGAUUCCUUCAAAGAUCCAUUCAAACUCUGAUUCCACAAAUGAAUCAACUGUCUCCUUCGCAAAGGCGACAAAAGAUCAUGUUGGUAAAGUACUGUUGGCGAGAAAGAGAGAUGAUUCAAAGGGUGAAUCAAAGAAAUCACUUUCUGAUAUAUUUUCGAGUCAAUUAAAGAAUCAAAAUAAGUCAGAUACACUAAAUUUGACUCAAAAACAUUAUAUUCCUAAAAAUAAUUUUAAAUCAGACAAAGAAUUCACAGUAGUAGCUAAGGAAUCACCAGUUGUAAAAUCUAAUAAGAUUUCUUCUACCAAAAACUUAGAUUCCACAAUUGUGUAUUUUACAAAGGCAAAAAAAGGGCAUAUUGAUAAAAUAUUGGCGAAAAAGAAAAAUAAUUCAAAGAGUGAACUGAAGAAAUCACUUUCCAAUACAUUUUUGAAUCAACUAAAAAAUCAAACUGAGUCAGAUACUCUAAAUUUAACUGAAAAACAUGAUACUCCGAAAGAUAAUUUUAAAUCAGACAAGAAAAACAAAGUAUUAACUCAGGAAUCACCUAUUUUAAAAAACACAAAGAAGACAGAUAUGUUAAACAAAAAGAAAGAGAGAAAACAUAAAGAGAGAAUUGUUAAUAACGAUAGGGAAUCAGACAAAACUCCAAAAUUAAUGCACAGAGCUGGUGGAAAAAUUUCCUCUUUGUUUGGCAAUAAUCCUGAUAUACCAACCAUAGGCCAGCGAUUUGUAAAACCUGUAAAUGAACCAGUUUUUACAGAGAUCACUUUCGCAGAUCUCAAUAUUCAUCCGUUUAUGAUAUCAAAUUUAGAGCAAAAUAUGGGCAUAACUAAAAUGACAACGGUUCAACAAAAAGCGAUCCCUCAAAUAUUCUCAGCUAAGGAUAUUCUAAUAAGAUCUCAGACAGGAUCUGGUAAAACGUUAGCGUAUGCUUUACCAAUUGUUGAAAUGUUACACAAAAUUAGACCAAAAUUAAAUAGAAACAGCGGUUUAUCAGCCCUUGUGAUUGUUCCGACGAGAGAAUUGGCCUUGCAGACGUACGAGUGUUUUAUAAAACUAGUUAAACCUUUUACAUGGAUCGUACCAGGCUACAUAGUUGGCGGAGAAAAAAGAAAAGCGGAAAAAGCUCGGUUACGAAAGGGAUGUAAUAUAUUAAUAUCUACUCCUGGUAGAUUAUUAGAUCACAUAAAGCAUACAAAAGCUUUGAGAUUAAAUGACGUCAAAUAUUUUGUAUUAGAUGAAGCUGAUAGAAUGCUUGAUAUGGGAUACGAAAUGGACAUUUCUGGGAUAGUAAGCGCUUUGAAAACAUCAUGUUCUAAUAAUGACGAAUCAGGAUACGACGCUAUGAAAAUAUUUAAGCAAAAUAGUAAAAAGACAUUUACAGAUGAAGAAAUUGAAGAAAUUUCGAAGGAACAUGAUAUGAAAUCCAAAACAGGAGAAAAUAAUAUCGAUGGUAGUAAAAAGAAACAAAUAUAUCAUUCAAGUGAUGACAGUGAUAGCGAUCAGAGUGCUAAUACCGUUCCAUCGAGAAAAAUGAAAAAGGAUGAAAAACAUUCCGGUGUGAAUCAAGAAUCUUAUUCGAAAGUGGAAGAUGCUGAAAACGUCGAGCGAGAUUGUGAAAAUCAAUCGAAAAGGAAGACAAUCUUAUUGUCCGCGACUUUGACACAAGCCGUCGAGAAAUUGGCGGGUCUCACGAUGCACAAUCCGAUAUUCGUUGACGCGGCUAAAGAGAAUUUAGAAGCGAGCGAGGGCGAUAUUAGCGAGAUUAACGAAGACCUAAUAGUUCCGCAAAGUGUAAUUCAGAAUUACAUAGUCACGCCGCCUAAAUUAAGAAUGGUCACUCUAAGCGCUUACAUCGCCGGGAGAUGUCAGACUCCUGGGCAACACAAAACACUAAUUUUUAUGGCCACACAAGACAUGGUAGAUUAUCAUACUGAAAUUUUGUCCUCUGUCCUUACGAAACCAAUUGAUGACGACGACGAAGACUCCGAUCCGCUGGUUGACGUAGAAUUCUUUAAAUUACAUGGUAAUAUGACACAGAAAGAAAGGACGGAGGUCUUCAAAACUUUCAGUCAAGCGAAAAGUGGAGUACUACUGUGCACGGAUGUCGCAGCUCGAGGAUUAGACAUGCCGAAGGUAGAUUGCGUUGUUCAGUAUACCGGUCCAAUUUCGGCUAGAGAUUACGUUCAUCGAAUCGGUAGAACCGCACGCGCAGGUUGCUCCGGCACGGCGACAAUCUUCCUGACGCCUCCGGAAAUCGAGUUCGUGCGGAUGCUCGAGUCGAGGCGCAUCAGAAUCAAGCAGCAGGACAUGAACGAUGUCCUGGGCAAGCUACUGGGGCCCUUUUCCAAGCAUAACUCCGUGCAGGCAGCGGCUGUCGCCCUUCAAAAUGAUUUCGAAGAUUUAGUGUUGGAGAAUCAGCAACUUGGCGCGAAAGCGUGUAAAGCCUACGUCUCCUGGAUGCGUUUCUAUUCAAGUUAUCCGCGCGACAUGCGCGAGAUAUUUAAUCGAAAGGAUCUUCAUUUGGGUCACUAUGCCAAGAGUUUCGCGUUGAGGGAUCCGCCGCAACGAAUCGGCGGGAUUGGCAAGAAGCUACACGAGAAAGAAAUCUCGAGACCUAGGCACAAUAAUCGUCUGUCGAACAAACCAUCUGAAGGGGUGUCGCAAAAGAAGCAGAGGACCCGAGACGGCGACGGGCAAAGAACGGGAUUAUUGAAGAGGGUUAGAAUGCUCAACACCUCCGAAUACGAUAGCGGCCUCGAACCCCCGAAGAAGCCAAAGAAGUAAUUCCUCGUGCUUCGUCGCAAUUGUAUGUACAUUGGCUCGAUUGUAUACAUGUUGUAAAUAGAAACAGCGAUUUCGUGUCGGUGCAUCGCUUCUUGUGAACAUGCGCCCACAUGUUUUUACCCUU